AUGCCAAUGUUUGAAGAAGAAGAUGAGGAAGCUAAACCUAAUCGGAAACCUACCACUAAAUCACCAGGCAAGAAGAAAGAAGCCAAACACUCUAAAGAAGAACCAUCUUUGAAUAGAUUAUCUAGUGUGAAGAAACCUAGAGUUCGGAAAGAAAAAGUAGGAGGCGAAGAACAGGAAAAGUCUCCUCAAGAUGAUGAUGAACGAUCGGAAACUCCUGCAGAUCCAGGACAUUACAAUGAGUUGUCUCCUUCUGAAGAUGAGGCUGAUCACUAUGAGGACGAUUUUACUGCACCAGGCCCCGAUGCAACGGAAAAUAAUCUGGCAAAGAAUUCUCUCAUGAAUGAUGAUGAUGAUGAAGACGACACACCGCUAUCUCAGAGAAAAAUUAAAAAAGAAGUAGAUACCGGCGCCACUUACAAAAAGAAGAGGCCUGGCCCGAAAUCCAAAACAGUUGAUAUAAAACAGGAACAUCCAGAUUCAUUAAUGCUCACUGCAGACAAGAUGAUGAAUAAGGAGCUGACUCUGUUGCACGCACCAGUUGUUUUAGACAAUGAAAAUGCUAAAACACCUGUUAAAGGUCCUGUCUCCAGAAAUAAACCGGUCAUUGAUAAGAAAUCCCUGGCCCGAAGUACUGUGAUAGCUAACAUGGAGGAAUUCGAGAGAAAAAGAAGACUGAGCAUGAAACAGAAACAACUAGAAGAGAUACUAGGCUGCGAAGAGGGCGUGAAUGUGAUAGUGACCAAUGACGAGGUUUGUCUGGAGUACGACUUCAAUGUAGGCCAACCUGCCGUCACUGUGCACCCGUUCUUUACCAAAGUUAUGAAAGCGCAUCAGUACGAAGGCGUGAAAUUCAUGUGGGACGCGUGCUUCGAAAGCCUGGAGCGCGUGCAGUCAGGCCAUCCGGGCGGCGGCUGUAUACUGGCCCACUGCAUGGGUCUAGGGAAGACUUUGCAAGUUCUAGCCCUUUUACACACAGUAUUAACGCAUCCGGGAGUGGGUAUGCGGCGAGUCCUCGUCUGUUGCCCGCUGUCGACGGUGCUGAACUGGGUCGACGAGAUACACAAGUGGAUCGGACCCGUCACCGACGAAAUAAAGGUUUUCGAACUAUCAAAGCUAAAGAAAACCUACGAGCGAGCGUACCAACUCGAGGACUGGUACAACGGAGGCGGCAUAUUCAUCAUCGGCUACGAACUCUUCCGGAGUCUAACCACUCUAGACGCCGAGCUUGAUGACGUCAGACAAACCAUCAUAGACAAGAUUCGCACAGCCCUACUCGACCCUGGCCCUGACAUUAUAGUGUGCGAUGAGGGACAUUUGCUCAAGAACGAUUGCUCAGUGCUAGCGGUUGCUAUGAGCAGGGUUGCCACGCGGAGAAGAAUCGUGCUGACUGGAACGCCGAUGCAGAAUAAUUUGAGAGAGUAUUAUUGCAUGGUGAACUUUGUUAAGCCGAAUUUGCUUGGGACGUACUCGGAAUAUUCUAACAGAUUUGAGAACCCCAUAAUGAACGGUCAGCACCGAGAUUCCGUAGUGGAAGACAUCAAACUCAUGAAGGCCCGCACCCACAUCCUCCAUAAAGUACUAGAAGGUUGCCUGCAAAGGCAAGAAGCCUCCGUACUUUACCCUUACCUGCCAAAGAAACACGAAUACACUGUGUUCAUAUCUCUAACGAAAUGCCAGUGUGAUCUGUACAAGCAUUACCUCAAUGUGUACGCGAAUAAGAAUAAGCAGAGUAUAUUGAAGGACUUCCAUACGUUGCAGAAGAUAUGGUCGCAUCCUCAGGUGCUGCAUAAUUUCAAUAUGAAAGCAAGGGAUGAGAAACUCAAAGUUAAAGCCGAGAAGUUAGAAGACGAUCUAGCGCGCGAAGAUCUAACCGCGAGCGAGGAUAUCAAGCCAUCCGCCACCGACGUAUGGUGGCUGCAAUAUCUCGAGGGCGGAGACAUGUUGGAACGUCUCGAGAGCUCCAACAAGUUCAUCACAGUCUUCCGGAUUCUAGAGGAGAGCGUCGCGUUGGACGACAAAGUAUUGAUAUUCUCCACAUCGCUGAUCACCAUGGACUCGCUAGAAUACUUCCUAAAGAAGAUCAACAACUGGAGUCUCGGGCAGGAAUACUACCGGCUGGACGGAUCUGUCCCUCCCGAGGUGCGACAGAAGUGGUGCCGCGAGUUCAACGCGGAACACAACUACAAGACCAAAUUGUUCCUAAUUUCAACCCGAGCUGGUUCUCUCGGUCUGAACAUGACGGCAGCCAACCGCGUCAUCAUUCUGGACACCUCUUGGAAUCCGGCCCACGACAUACAGAGCAUCUUCCGGGUCUACCGCUUCGGACAGAAGAAGGACUGCUACAUUUACCGCCUUGUGGCGCUGGGCACGAUGGAACAGAAGAUCUACGAACGAGCCGUGACGAAACAGGCUGUGUCGUGUCGGGUCGUUGAUGAGCAGCAGAUCGACCGGCACUACAACAUGGCUGAGCUCACCGAGUUAUACAGGUUCGACGAGACCGGCACGAGCGUGGCCGGCGGCGUGGCGGUGGGCGUGCAGGACGUGGUGCUGCUGCGCGUGGCGCGCGACGCCGCGCUGCACGCCGUGCACGAGCACGACUCGCUGCUGCGCGGCUCCGAGGCCGCGCUGUCCGAGCACGAGCGCGCCGCCGCCUGGCACCAGUUCCAGCAGGAGACGCAGCACAACCAAAUGCCGGAGGGUAAAGUACCUAAAAAGGAGAAAAAAGGAGGCAAAAGAAGCCUCCCCUGGUUCCGGUCCCGGAUAUAAAACCGACGCUGCCCGAGGUCAAACCGGAACCUGUCGUGGACGCGGACUACACGCCCACCGAGCCCAAAAAGCGAGGGAGAAAGAAAGUCAUCAACUGUCGCAUCCCGAUCCAGACCACGCCCCAACCGUCCACCAGCGGCCAGCUCGACUACCUCGUCGACCGGCAGCAGGAGACCGACAUCGUCUCACAGAUAUCACAGAUUCUAGUCAGCCACGAUUUUAACAACAGGAGGUCGUCGCGCGACCUGUCCAAACUCAUAACGACUGUGCAGCAAGUCGUCGCGAGCGGCGACCUGAGCCGACUACCGCCCGGUGACGAGGCGGCCGCCGCU